AGACGCGAAUGUUUAUAUUUUGUGGUUCGUCUACAAAAAUCCGUUUAUUUUUAUUUUCAUUGAAAUUAAAAAAAAAAAAAAAAUUAAAAGAAAAAAAAAAAAACAAAAAAUAGCAAUAAAAAUAUUUUUAAAUAAAUUCCAACAGAAAGACAUACACAUAUCCAGCCAAAGUUAAAUCCAUAAAAGCGAUAAAACGAAAUUUGGAAAAAUGGGUUGCGCAGCCACAACAGUUAAAAUUUCUUCAAUUAUUUUAAAUCUAAUUAUGGCGAUAUUUGCAAUUUGUGCAAUAAUUUGGAUAUCAUUCAAUCCAGAUUACAUCCAAGAGCAGUUGGCAAUCAUUGUCUACAUUGCGUGUUCCCUAAUAGUGUUCUUCGCGUUUCUGGGCUGUUUUGCAGCCGUACGGGAAUCGAUGUGCCUAAUGGCGACGUGUGCUGUGUUCUUAUUGAUUUUGGCCAUCGUUCAAAUUGUCUUCACCAGCAACGAUAUAAGUGAAGGCGGGAUGCGUAAUGGCUAUAGUAUAGUAAACGAAGCCUGGGAAUCGAAUAGUAUGGAUGAAAUUCAAAGCGAACACGAAUGCUGUGGAAAAACUAGUGCCAACGAUUACGUUGUUCUUAGCAAACCGAUACCAAUUAGUUGUUAUGUGGAUCAGGAUUAUACAAAAGUCAGUAAUCUUUUCACUGAAGGUUGCAGCAGUAAACUGCAGACAUAUUAUGAAGACGAAUGGUGGCAUUGUUCAAUCGUAUCCUGGAUUUUAAUAGCAUUCGAGCUAAUUGCCUUCUUGUUGGCCGUAUUUUUGGUGAUAAAUUUUCGCAAUACUCAGAGACGUAUGCGCUUUUAAAGCAUGAAAAUUUUGUAAUGCAAUCAAAAACAAAACUAUGCAACUAUGCAACUAUGGACUAAAUAUGAUAAAUUUGUAAAAUUAUCGUUUAACUAACCACCUUAGAAAAGUGCAAUUAUGAGAUGACUUUUACUCGAAUAAGUUUAAAAAUGAAUUUAACAUCUGUCAUAUUCAUGUACGGAAUUAAUACGAAAUACGUGCAUUACGUUUACAUUCAUACUCUCACACCAUUAUUACUCUUAUGCAUUAUUUAGUUUCCUUACUUGAGUAAGAGAUAAGAAUUAUAUUUAAAAUAUAAA